AUGGUUGGGGACUGGCGAGUGUUUCGAACGGGCAGAAAGAGAACGAGAGGGAGAGAGAGAGAGAGAGCGCUUCUCACGAGGAAGUUCCGAUUCCGACUGACAAGUACUGAACUGUCCAUACAGGUCGUGAGAACGAUUCCAGACCCGGGAGAGAAUCCUCUUCUUCUACUACAUUCGAUUACGUGCCUGCUCCAUGGAAAGGCUCUCUUUACGAUAGUGUUCCAUACGAGAGAUGAGUGUUGUGCCGAACGGUCCCUUCGGAACAUGAGCUUGGACCCCGCCAGAAUAUCGACCUCAUCAGUGACUCCGAGAACCUCAGUGCCAUUGUCUUCAAAUAUGAUCACACCCUCGACGCCCACAUUUGCCAGUAUGCACACCCAUUUCCUCCAACAACAUCACCAACACAGAUUAGCCAUGGCCACCAAUGUGAUGAUGAAUGGGGGUGGUGGAGGGGUGGGAGGGGGACCUCCCCAUGUACCUCAUGUGCCGCAUUCCCUCGCUCAUUCUGCUGGCGUCUUGAACACGCCCCCGGUGACCCCCGAGCAACAUCAAAGGCUAGUGAAUCCCCAACACCGCUCGUUAAUAUCAAGCAGCGGGAGCUCAAGUUCAUCGGGUGGAGAUACGCCCAUGUCCAGAACCAAUCAAUAUAAGAAGAUCAUGAAACCUUUGCUCGAACGCAAGCGUCGAGCUCGUAUUAAUAAAUGUCUGGAUGAGCUGAAGGACAUAAUGACGGUGGCUCUCCAAGCUCAGGGUGAGAAUGUUUCCAAAUUGGAAAAGGCCGAUAUCCUAGAGCUCACCGUGAGGCACCUGCAUAAGCUACAACAGAGCCAAAGACUCCUACUCGAAACACAGCGUAAUCCCGUUGAGGAAAUUCAACGUUUUCAAGCCGGAUAUACGUCUUGUGCACAAGAGGCAGCUUCCUUCUUACUUCAAGCACCCGGUGUGGAUGUGACGGUCUCGCAGCGAUUAUUGUCCCACCUCACAAGCAACCUAGCACAACCUUUCCUCAAUCGGCUCUCUCAAGCUGGAUCACCAAAGAGUACCACUGCUCCUCCCCUCGUUUCCUCGGCCUCGUCCGACUUGAACCGUAAUGGCUUCUCGUCCCCACCUUUGGGCGUGAUGAUUUCUUCUCCAGCCCCUGUCUCUUCAUCGUCCUCGACCGAGUUUCCAAAGGCUAGCCCGCCCCCUCGGCCGUCCUCGAAUCCAACUAUCGGACAUUUCACUUUAUCCAUCACCAAAGCACCUCUCAGUGAGUCUGGGAAAUCUGAGGACAUGGGUAAAAUGCCCGUGAAACCUGAACCCGUCCGACUCAAUCCCAACGACCCGGUUUGGCGACCGUUCUAAGGCAUACGAGUGAUAUUUCGGGGAGAACCGAGCCAUUCUCUCCAUUCUUCUGCCAGUCAUUAUGGACGUUUCUCGAUGAUCUCAAAUACAGUAUAUGAUGCAUUUUAACUUGACUUGAUAUUCUUUUCAUUGGACGUUGGCUCGGGUUUCCCCAGGUGUGAAAGACUCACAGAGCUCGAGUCUAUCCAAAUAAGCCCCUCCCACUUGGCGAAGGUUCAUCUACCAAUGAGAGAGCGUUUCAAAUCUCCGCACUCGACGGAACUGCGUAGAAUGUAGAUCCAGGUCUUGUGAUGAUAA